GCGGCGGAAGGUCAUCAAACAAACUGUCAUGACCACUGUAUAUGGAGUCACCAAGUUUGGAGCCCGCCUGCAGAUCGCUAAACAAUUGAAAGAUAUAGACGACUUUCCCAAGGAGCACGUGUGGUCGUGCUCGCAGUACCUAACAGCGAAGACGUUUGACAGUUUACGGGAGAUGUUCACUUCCACCAAACUUAUACAAGACUGGUUCACUGAUUGUGCAAAGCUGAUCUCUGCGGUGUGCGGCGAGAGUGUGGAGUGGGUGACCCCGCUGGGCCUGCCCGUAGUGCAGCCCUACUACAGGCGAGCCGGGACCGCGCAGCCACACCGCCCACCACUCGACCAACAACAACGUCCAUGCACGAUGAAGCAGCGCAACGCGUUCCCUCCGAACUUCAUCCACUCGCUGGACUCGUCGCACAUGAUGCUGACCGCACUGCACUGCGAGGCGGCGGGACUCACCUUCGUGUCCGUGCACGACUGCUUCUGGACGCAUCCCAAUACUGUCGAUCUCAUGAACAAGAUUUGCCGUGAACAGUUCGUAGCUCUCCACUCGCAGCCCAUCUUAGAAGAUUUAUCGGCGUUUCUUGUAAAUCGAUACAGUUAUGAUGAAAGUGAACUCGAAGACAGAAGCAUAGGAGCUGCAAAUAAAAAACGUGUCAACUCGUUACUACAGAAAGUGCCGAGCAAAGGCGACUUCGACCUGACUAGCGUUCUCAAAUCCGUGUACUUCUUCAGUUAAGACACUUAUUACAUGCUUCAAAGUUUAGUGGACGUUCAAACUGACCAAACGGAUAAUGACGUGUAGUAUGUAGACCCUACCUCACAACUUAAUAUACCAUAGGCUACACGUAGAAGCUAAUUUAAGUACUUACGAUAAUAUGAAUAACUCGAAAUACAUAAGACGUCAUCAUAUUAUACAUCGAAUACUAUCAUACAUUGUGUAAGGUAUUUGGAAAAUAGUUUCCGCACGUACAUGUUGAAGUGGUAACAGUCUUCCAUGUAGGGUAUGCUAAAUGAUGGUGAUUAUAAAGUGGGCUUUUUAACUGAAGAAGUGAAGUUAUAACGGAAAGAAAAGACACCUUACGAUAAUUAUAAAAAUAACUCAAUUUAGAUAGACGAGACAUUUUAAUAAAACAUUGCCAUGAGAGGAACGGUGCCUUUACUACGACCUGUAAAAGCUGGGUAGUUGCCGUUGUUGAAGCUAGACGCUGCUAUACGAACUGUAUUGCGCCAUCUCACUUCUACAUUCGUAAGUCUUGCUUUUAGGGUUGAUAGUACAGGCACUGAUGAUAGACUGAAGAUAAUGACGUGUGAUGCUUGUUGUAGGUCUUUUGUAAUUUUCUAUUCACUGUUUCAAUUCAUGUUUUCCCUUUAUUGAGAUUUAGGUUUUGUCUUUAGACAAUAUUGUGUCACAAAAACCAAAUGUAAUGUAGUUUUCAAUUUAGUUAUUUGCACGAAACGAUGAUCUAUAAAUCUAAACUUUAUUUGCACCUGUUUGAGAACGGCUGGACCGAUUUCGCUAAUUUGAUGUGGAAGUUUCGCAAUCAAAUUAGUUUGCUUGAGUGAUUAAAGCCGCACUUGCCAAUUUUACUGCCGGUUUCGUAAAAUAUGUAUGUUUAAAUGCGUAUAAACCUGUAAGUUUCAAUAUAAAUAUCUGCCAUAAUACAUACUGCCACACUAUUUACGUCCGAAA